AUGGCUACAACCAAUUCUUCUACCUCCAUUCAAGAUAAUACACCUUCGUAUCUUUACCUUCACCUCAAUGAGAACCCUGCCAUAUCCCUUGUCUCACCCGUUUUAAAUACCACAAAUUAUCAUUCAUGGAGCAGAUCCUUCAUCGCGGCUCUUUCUGCAAAAGACAAGGUAGAAUUCGUUCUUGGAUCAACUAUUCAACCCUCCAAGAUUGAUGCUUCCUUUCCUGCUUGGUUCCGUUGCAAUAGUAUGGUUGUUUCAUGGCUUCUCCAUUCGGUCUCUCCUUCAAUUCGAGAGAGCAUUAUAUGGAUGGAUAUUGCUAUCGACAUUUGGAUUUAUCUGAAAAACCACUUUGCCCAAGGUGAUCUUGCAAGAAUUUCCACUCUACAGAUGGAAGCCACCACUCUAUCGCAAGGUGAGCUCUCUGUUACUGAUUUUUUCACAAAGCUCUGGGUUCUUUGGGAUGAGCUCGACUGCUUCCGUCCUGACCCUGUUUAUCGUGCCAUGCAACUUCUACGAGGUUUGAACGAUCAUUAUACCAAUAUCCAAUCUCAUACUCUUCUUCUUGAUCCUAUACCUCCCAUUUCCAAAAAUUUUUCCCUUGUUAUUCAACAAGAAUGUCAACUGAUGACUCACCAUAUCACUGCUUCUGUUACAUCUACCUCUCUUUCUAGUCCCCCUCCUGCAACUGCUCCUACCUCUGUUACUUGCACUUAUUGCAAUAGAGUUGGCCACCAAGAAAAUUCUUGUUUCAAAAAACAUGGUUUCCCCAACCAAGAAUACAGGACUGUAAAAUCCACUAAUAACAAUUCUCGCAAGAUCUGCACUUAUUGCCACAAAAACGGUCACACCAUAGAUGUUUGUUUCAAGAAACACGGUUAUCCCCUAGGACACAAGUUUUCCAACAAACCUAGUCAAAUUCAUAAUGCCAUUACGCCAACUGAUACUGAUACUCAGAUGAAAAGCUUGGAUCAAGAACGUUCUUCUCUUGAAACCAUUCAACUUACUCCUCAACAAUAUCAAAUUCUUGUUGCGUUGUUUAAACAACCUACGUCCAACACUUCCAAUGUGCACAUCAACCAAGUUGGAAUCGUUUCUACCAACACUUCUCCAGCGCAACAUGCUGUUUUCUUGAUAAAUCAAAUGCCUACACUUGUUCUACAAAACGAUACACCUCACGAACGACUACAUGGAUCUCCUUGUGACCUCUCGGUGUUACGCAUUUUUGGCUGUCUUUGCUAUGCUAACACCAUUAUUUCCCACCGAAAGAAGUUUGAUGACCGUGUUAUUCCUGACACUUUUGUUCGAUAUCCCAUUAGCAAUUACCUUCACUACAAUCGUCUUUCUCCUACUUUCAAGCAUACAAUAUUAUCUAUUUCAUCUAAUGUUGAACCAACCUGUUACUCUGCUGCUUCAAAACAACCUCAAUGGGUCAAAGCCAUGCAUGCCGAGCUUGAUGCACUGCAGGCUAAUAACACUUGGGAAAUUACCACUCUGCCUCCGAACAAAACCGCCAUUGGCUGUCGUUGGAUUUACAAAAUCAAAUAUAAUUCUGAUGGAUCUAUCAAACGAUAUAAAGCGCGACUUGUUGCCAAAGGAUAUAACCAGAUUGAAGGACUGGAAUUUUUAGAUACCUUUGCACCUGUCGCUAAACUCACUACUGUACGACUUCUUCUUGCCAUAGCUGCUUCUCAGUGUUGGCCACUCAAACAAUUGGAUGUUAAUAAUACUUUCUUACAUGGUGAUCUUCAUGAAGAUGUUUAUAUGAAACUUCCUCCUGGUCUUACCACCGCUAAUAAAAAUCAGCUAAGAAAGUAUGUCUUGGAUCUCCUUGCUGAAACCGGUCUGCUCGAUAGCUCGCCCGUUCCUACUCCCAUGGUUCCAAAACAAUCUUCUACUAAUACCGCUCGGUCUCUUGAUGAUGAUGAUGUUGCCUCCUAUCGUCGUCUCAUUGGAAAACUCAUAUAUUUAACCACAACUCGUCCUGACAUCACAUUUGCCGUCAACCACCUCAGUCAGUUCAUGUCUACACCUACGACUGCUCAUCAACAAGCUACUAAUCGUAUCCUCCGAUACCUCAAAGGUACCCCUGGUGCUGGUAUCCAUUUUCCUAGUAACUCUACUAUUCAACUCAAAGCCUUUUGUGACUCUGAUUGGGCCACCUGUCCUGAUACUCGUCGAUUGGUCACUGGGUUCACUGUAUACCUCGGCAACUCUCUCAUCUCAUGGCGCUCCAAGAAACAACCGAUUGUCUCCCGUAGUUCUUCUAAGGCUGAAUAUCAUUCGCUAGCCAGCAUAGUGUGUGAACUACAAUGGCUUACAUAUCUGCUUCAUGAUUUCCACGUUGCCCACACGUCUCCUGCUCUCAUCUACUGUGAUAACCAAUCUUCCAUACAAAUUGCCUCUAAUCAAGUUUUCCAUGAACGUACUAAGCACAUUGACAUUGACUGCCACAUUAUCCGAGAAAAAGUUCACGCUGGUCUGAUGAAGCUUCUUCCCAUCUCCACCACUAUGCAAAUAGCCGACAUUUUAACAAAACUGUUACCUCCUCCUACCUUUCAACUUCUUCGUUCCACGCUCGGUCUCCAAAAUAUUUACACCCAACUUGAGGGGGGCUGA